AUGCAGACGAUAUCGCUUUGCUGGCCUCCUCGGACAGCCUACAAGAGAAUUGCGAAGUAUUACAAGCCAAUAUGCAAGAGGCCCUCGACUAGGGGAAAUCAGAAGGCAUCACCUUCGAUCCCAAGAAAUAGGCAUCUAGACCUCCUAAACAAAGUCGUUUUGACCUGUACAAGAGCCACUUUACCGGUUUACAAAACCACCAAUAUAGCAGUACUACAUGAGGAAUCCAAACUCAGACCCGCAGAGAUCGAACUGAACCAAACAACACAACUCUUCGCUGAACAAAGAGAAACCAGAGCCGAAGCCGAACUACGCGUCGUCGGCCCCAUAGGAAGAUCAAAAGCCCAAGCAGUCAAAGACUUCGAGACCUUCUACGCUUCGAUCCCAAGGAAUGACCUUCAGGUCUUCUCAGACGGCUCAAAGAACAAAGGCAAAGAUGGCGCUACAGGAGGCGGCUACAUUGUCACUCAAUACGAUAUAGAGGUGGCCCGUCACUUGUUCUCAUUAGGCCUCAAUACCGAAGUAUUCGACACUGAAGCUACAGCAGCAACUAGAGGAGCGGCAGCGGCCUUAGCUCAACCCUCGGCCAGAUUUGCCAAAGAUCUCUGGAUAUUUUUGGAUAACUACGAAGUGACUCUACGAUUAGGCUCUCACUUUAAUGGUUCAUCUCAAUCGGUCUUUGAUGAAUUCUUAGAUAUCUCUCGAGCCUGGGCGCAAAGACCUCGACUCCCACACUUACCCCCCAGCGAAAUUCGCAUCCGCUGGGUCCCAGGACACCUCAAUAUCCUUGGGAAUGAAGCGGUAGAUAAAGCUGCAAAAGAAAGAGCAGCUCUUCCUCCCCCCUCUAAUCCGAUCUGCACUUUAGCAUCACUCAAGAGACUAGCCAAAGUCAACGCUUGCAAAGCUGACAUUCAACUAUGGAAUAUCAUAAGCCCUCAAUACUACAAAGAUUUACUAUACACACAUACAAAUAAUACAAUACUAUUCUCUCUCAAAAGAGCAACUUUGAGCUACAUCCUUACAAUCAGAUCCCAACAUAGAGACUUCGCAAAAUACCACAAACGUUUCAAUCACACCUCAGCACUUCUCCUCUGUUCAUACAAGAAAAGGAAGACCCCAUUACAUUUAUUCUUUUGCAAAAAAGGGAAAGCGUAUUCGACAUUGAUAAAAAGCCCCUUAUCUGAAGCCAUCCCAUAG